AGGCUCGCUGCGGGCUCCAGGCUUGGCCGCACUUGCUCACCAGUGGUGCGCCCGGGGCUUUUGUGGCUUAGCCGGCCUGGGCUUUGUGUCCGAGUUCUGCUCCGUGCCUGCGGCGCUUCUCCCGGUCAGGGAUUCCCGAGGCGGCGUGCGCAGCCCCCGGGACCAGCGAGCGAUCGAGCGAGCGCGCCGGCUUGAGCGGUGGCGACUGCGAGGGGCCGAGGAGGAGAGAAGGAGGGGGACGAGAUGCCGGAGUUCCUAGAGGACCCUUCGGUCCUGACCAAAGACAAGUUGAAGAGCGAGUUGGUCGCCAACAACGUGACGCUCCCGGCCGGCGAGCAGCGCAAGGACGUGUACGUGCAGCUCUACCUGCAGCACCUCACGGCGCGCAACCGGCCGCCGCUCGCCGCGGGAGCCAACAGCAAAGGGCCGCCCGACUUCUCGAGCGACGAGGAGCGCGAGCCCACCCCAGUGCUUGGCUCCGGGGCCUCCGUGGGUCGCGGCCGCGGCGCCGUCGGCAGGAAAGCCACAAAGAAAACUGAUAAGCCCAGGCCAGAAGAUAAAGAUGAUCUGGAUGUGACAGAGCUCUCUAACGAAGAACUUCUGGAACAGCUUGUGAGAUAUGGAGUGAAUCCUGGUCCCAUUGUGGGAACCACCAGGAAGCUGUAUGAGAAGAAGCUGUUGAAGCUGAGGGAACAGGGAGCAGAAUCGAGAUCCUCUACUCCUCUCCCAACAGUCUCUUCCUCUGCAGAAAACACGAGGCAGAAUGGAAGUAAUGACUCUGACAGAUACAGUGACAAUGACGAAGGAAAGAAGAAAGAACACAAGAAAGUGAAGUCCGCUAGGGAUUGUGUUCCUUUUUCUGAACUUGCAUCUACUCCCUCUGGUGCAUUUUUUCAGGGUAUUUCUUUCCCUGAAAUCUCCGCCCGUCCUCCUUUGGGCAGGACUGAACUGCAGGCAGCUAAAAAAGUACAUACUGCUAAGGGAGACCCACCUAGGGACACUCAUGCUGAUACAGCCUUGCCUGGAAAGGGACAGACGCAGAAGUUAGCCCCUGGACGGAGCUUAUUUAUUCCUUCAGAGUCUAGCUAUGAUAGAUGUGUAGAGAAAAGCUCUUCACCAUCUUCUCAGCGUCAAUUUGCUGCCAGGCUGGUCUCUGCUGCAGCGUCUCCUUCACUGAUCAGAGAAACCACUACUACUUACUGUAAGGACGUAGUAGAAAAUAUUUGCCGUGGAGGGAAGAGUAGAGCUCAGCCAUCGCGUGCUGAGGAGCCUCAUGUUUCAGAUCAGUCAGUUUUCUCUAGUGAAAGAGAAGUGCUGCAAGAGUCGGAGAGGUCCCAGGUCAUUUCUCCUCCACUUGCUCAGGCAAUCCGAGAGUAUGUCAAUUCUCUGUUGGUCCAGGGUGGGGUCAGCAGUUUGCCUGGGACUUCUGAUUCUGUACCUACACUGGAUGUAGAAAACAUAUGUAAGAGACUUAGCCAGUCCAGCCAUCCAGAAUCUGAAUCCCUGUCCCCUCCCCGAAAAGUCCCUAGGCUCAGUGAGAAGCCAGUAAAGGGAGGGGACUCUGGCUCCUGUGUGGCAUUCCAGAAUACACCUGGAUCCGAACAUAGGUCUUCUUUGGGCAAAAGUGUUGUCUCUCAUUCUCUUACUACUCUGGGAAUAGAAGUGUCUGAACAGCCACGGCGGGAUAAAAUAGAUGCCUCAGAACCGUCGUUCCCUCUCCAUGAGUCUAUCGUAAAGGUCAUUGAAGAGGAGUGGCAGCAAAUUGAUAGGCAGCUGCCGAUGGUGGCAUGCAAAUAUCCAGUUUCUUCCAGCGAGGCAACCCGGAUAUUAUCAGUUCCAAAAGUAGAUGAUGAGAUCCUGGGGUUUAUUUCUGAAGCCACCCCAAGAGCAGCCACUCAGGCAUCCUCCACUGAGUCUUGUGAUAAACAGUUGGACUUGGCUCUCUGUAGGUCUUACGAAGCUGCAGCAUCAGCAUUGCAGAUCGCAGCCCAUACCGCCUUCGUGGCUAAGUCUCUGCAAGCUGACAUAAGUCAGGCUGCACAGAUGAUUAAUUCCGAUCCUAAUGAUGCACUGCAGGCCCUGGAGAUUCUGAGCAGAGCCUAUGAUGCAGCAUCCUAUCUUUGUGACGCUGCAUUUGAUGAAGCGAGGAUGUGUGCCUGCACCAUGGGGUCUUCUACCAUGGGUCGGCGGUAUCUGUGGUUGAAGGACUGUAAGAUCAGUCCAGCUUCUAAGAAUAAACUAACUGUUGCCCCCUUUAAGGGUGGAGCGUUAUUUGGAGGGGAAGUACACAAAGUGAUUAAAAAGCGUGGAAAUAAGCAGUAAUAAGAUUAAGGACAAAGACAGAAAUGUUGACUUGGAGAAUUCGUGGACCUUUCUAUGGAUUUAGUCUCCUAAUGGAGCCGAUUUCAAGGUGUUAAGCUCCCACUCAUCAAGUUAUAGUAUAACGGCACAUAUCAAGACCUAGUACCAUUGAAGCUUGAUAGAUCACAUCACACUUGUCUCACAAGAAUGUACAGCUUCCUAUUUUAUAUGACACUCUGGGUUUACACGGAGUCCCAGCAACUGAAAUAAUCAGUAGAACCCUCACUUGCUUUAGUAUGCCAUUCACAUCCUUCCUUAUGUGUAGGUCGGAGUUAAACAUUGUUAGUCCUUUUGUUUUUUAUUUUCCCUGCUCACAGGAGUUUGGUUUUGGGAAGUCUAGUGCAUAGGCAUGAUUUCAGUCUGCUCUGCUUUGUGCCGCCUGCCUUCAUUACGUACAUCUGUUUUGCUAAUAGUCAUUUUGUUGUCCACUCAGUACAUUGCCAGACAUCUUACAGCUGACCUUUGUACCAGAAUUUUUAGCCAAGCAUCUAUCUACACACUCCACAUCUGUCUGCACUCUUGUUCAUACUUCUGUCUGCAGAGAACUUUUAUAAUUCUAGACCAGUGCAACAAACUUACUGAUUGAUUCAGACACGUGUGUGCCUGUAUCAGAGGGAAAGGCACUGCUCCUCAGUGGUGAGAUGCAUAAGCUUCACAUGCAUGUGACUCUGAGUUCAGUUCACAGCCACUUAAAACAGUUUAAUGAGCAUUUAGAUCUAGAGAUACUUUGUAAGCAACUGAUAAGAGGUAGAUUGCAUAUCUGUAUAACACAUUUAUGCACAUUUUUAGUAAAGGAAUAGAAAGCAAUGUAGCUUCAUGUCUGAUAGAGGAGGUAGUCAGUCCCUGGUUACACAAGUACAUGGGCCACAUUUGAGGAACACGGGGAUGAUAAAUAAGUAGAAUCUGCUGUACCUCAUGGUCGCUCAACAUGACACUACAAAGAUGGGGCUUUUAUUUUCUACAUGUAUUUAAAGAUAUUUUUGUAUGUCCUGCAUAGUUAAAUUACAUAUCUGGAUGCUAAAACCAAUGAGGUAUUUUCUAAAAACCUUGAGAAUUUUUACUCUCCCCCAAUGUCUGUGUCUGUAUGAAGCAAUGUAUUGCCCUGCUGUCACUUGUAUGGCUGUAAGGUAAGGUUCCAGUUGCAGAGCCAGUCUGGAAGAUAGUCUGCAGUAUAAUCAAAUGCAGCCCUGGUGUGCAUGUCCAGCACCCCGUGUUGUUAGGCUACUCACUCCAUCCCUGCAGCUGUUAUGUCUUCUAAAAUGUACAUGCAUACAUGUACCUGUUAAGUGCUGUGUGAUUUCUUUAAAACAAUGUAUGCCUGUAGAAUGCCUCUACGAAUUCAAUAAAGUUGUUAAAUUUGAA